GAAGCUUCUUUUUACAAUUUUUUUUUCGUUCUUUUUGUAUUUUAAAUAUAGAAUAUGAUGUCAUCUCUUUCAAAGAGACGCACAAUAGUAAACACACACAGAGAAAGGAGAGAGAGAGCCUCUCAGCAGAUCUGCUUCUUUUAUCCUCUGCUGAUUCUUAAACUCAGUCACGAGUGUUCAAUGACAAACAUCUGAAAAGUUUUGAUAUUUAAAUGAGUGGGUCUCUCAUUGAUCGACUCUAUUAACUCUCUGUCGAUGUUCGCCGGAGCUCUGAUGAGGUACAAAGGUUUCCGGCGGUUGUCCGGCGAGGUUUGAAUCCCCCGAAGAAGAUGUGGGAUUGAGCCCGAAAUCGAAUAUGUUCAAGUCAGCGCGAUGGAGGAGCGAGAAGAACAGGAUCAAAGCUGUUUUCAAGUUACAGUUUCAUGCUACUCAGGUGCCACAAUUGAGAGGAGAUGCAUUGAUUAUAAAUGUUGUUCCUGCGGAUGUUGGAAAACCAACGGCCAGAUUGGAGAAAGCGGUAGUUCAAGAUGGAAGUUGUUAUUGGGAGAGUCCUGUCUAUGAAACAGUGAAGUUCGUUCGGGAGCCAAAAACAGGGAAGAUUCAUGAGAGAAUCUACUACUUUGUCGUGUCAAAUGGAUUGUCAAAGGCUGGUGUUUUUGGAGAAGUUUCUAUUGAUUUUGCAAAUUAUGCUGAGGCCACUAAGAUUUCCUCCCUGUCCCUUCCCCUUAAAAAUGCAAAAUCUGAGGGUAUUUUGCAUGUUUCAAUUCAAAGGAUGCAGGAAAAUGUAGAUCAAAGUCUUUGCAGAGAGCUUGAAGAAAGCGAAAACGCACAAAUUAAAUCCCAGGGUAGGAGCUUGAAAACACUGUUGAGCAAUGGUGAUACAGAUGGAAGCAUCCAAGGCAAUUCUAUUGAAGAUGGUCCUUGUAACAAGACCAUUUCCCACAUUGUGAAAUUGAAUGGGAACCACCGGGCAUCAAGCGCAUCUGAUGUUACAAUGUCAAGUUCUGAGAGCAUCUCUGAAUUUGAUUCUCCUCGGGAGCUUGGAUUGAACAAUAAUAACGCCCACCAGGACCCAACCAGCUUCCUAUCAUCUCUGAGUGUUGUCUCAGUUGCUCCGAAACCAAACUCUGAUAUAUCUGCGACAAUAGAUGAGGAGCAUCAUGGAUCACAAUGGGAAUGGUCUGGAGGUUCUGCUCCUGAAGUAAGUACAGAUGAUUCGUCAAGCAGUCCCAGAGACACGCUUCUACCAGAAAGGUCUCAAGAGGCUUCAGAUGUCACAGUUGAAAAGCUCAGAACUGAAGUUGCUGUUUUGGCUAGGCAAGCAGAAGUUUCAGAAUUGGAACUACAGACUCUGCGAAAGCAGAUUGUGAAGGAGAGUAAAAGGGGGCAGGAUCUCUUCAAAGAAGUUGUCAGCCUCAAAGAGGAGAGAGAUGUACUCAAAGAAGAAUGUGAGAAGUUUAAGUCCUUCCAGAAACGUAUAGAUGAGAGAAAAGGAAAAAACAUGUUUCAGUUUGAGGGAGGUGAUCCGUGGGUUCUUCUUGAAGAACUCAGACAGGAAUUAAAUUACGAGAAGGACCUUAAUGCCAAUCUCCGUUUACAACUAGAGAAGACACAAGAAUCUAAUAGCGAGUUGAUUCUUGCUGUGCGAGACCUAGAUGAAAUGUUGGAGCAGAAGAAUAGGGAAAUAUUGAACCUUCCUGACAAAUCAGCAAUUAGUGAGAAUGCUGAAGAGUUGCAGGAAACCAACUCCAAAUCUGAAUCGGAUGAUGAAGAAGAACAAAAGGCUCUGGAAAAGCUCGUUAAGGAGCAUAGCGAUCCCAAGGAAGCACACUUGCUGGAGCAAAAGAUCAUGGACCUUUUCAAUGAAUUACAGAUCUCCAGGAGAGAUAAAGACGAGCUUGAUAUGCAGAUGGAGCAGCUUGCUCUUGACUAUGAGAUCCUGAAGCAGGAAAACCAUGACCUCUCAUAUAAAAUGGAGCAAAGUCAGUUGCAAGAACAGCUGAAGAUUCAAUAUGAAUGUUCAUCUUCUUAUGCUACUGUGAAUGAACUUGAAACCCAGGUAGAGAACUUGGAAAAUGAACUGGAGAAGCAGUCAAAAGAAUUCUCAGACUCUGUGGCCAUCAUAAAUGAACUUCAAACCCAUGUCAAGAGCUUGGAGGAAGACCUAGAAAAGCAGGCGGAAGGAUUUGAAGCUGAUCUGGAAGCUCUUGCUCGUGCCAAAAUCGAGCAAGAACAGAGAGCCAUACGAGCAGAGGAAGCCUUGAGAAAGACAAGAUGUCAAAAUGUUAAUACAGCAGAGAGACUUCAAGAGGAAUUUAGACGGCUUUCAAUGCAAAUGACAACUACUUUUGAAGCGAAUGAGAAGAUGGCUGCAAAAGCACUAACAGAAGGCAUUGAACUCCGUCUGCAAAAAAAUCAUGUUGAAGAAAUGCUGCAGAAAGCAAAGGAAGAGCUCGAGUCUGUUAGGGAUCAUUAUGAAGCAAAAUUGCAUGAGCUUUCUACCGAAGUUAGCUCAAAGGCCAAUCAAGUAGAGCAGAUGCAGUUGGAAAUUGAAGAUAAAUCCAAGUGGCUUGAGCAUCAAAAGAAGCAUGAGGAAGAGACUCAAGGGGUUCUCUCACAGGAGAUCCUAAUGCUCAGGGUGGAGAUUGAAAGGCUCACAACAGAGAAUAAUAAUCUUUCUGAAGAGGCUGAACGGAGAAAAACUUUGGAGGCUGAGUUAAAACACAUGGAAACAUCAAUGAAGGAAUCGGAAAUUCUGAUUCAAAAAGGGAAUCUAGAAAGGAAUGAGAUGGAAAACAUGCUUGCUUUGAUGAAGAUGAAAGCAGAGAAGUCAAUAGAGGAAUUAAACAUUUUGAGGAGUCUAAAGGAUGAAAAUGAGUCAGCAAUUGUAAAGCUGCAGUCGGAGUUGGCAAUUCUGAAUGCUCGGUGUCACGAAUUGAACCAUUCUUUGUUGGAGGAUGAUUUAGAGAAAGAGAAACUUAGGAAUCAGGUAUUGCAAUUGGAAGGUAAUCUAAAGAAGAAGGAGGAUGCAUUCAGCAGUAUUGAGCAGAAUGCGAAGGACAAAAUGAAAUUUUCUGAGGAUCAGAUAAAGCUAAAGGAAAUGUCUCUUGAAACAUUUUCAAAUUCAUUUUUGGAGGUGGAGAAAGAUCUUCAGAUCAAAAUCGAAGAGUUAGAAAGAAGAUUGGAAGAAAUCGAUCGCAACAGCAUGAGCCUUUGUGAAUACGAAUUCCAAAAGGUAGAUAUAGGUAAGGAGGAUGCUACUUUGAAUGCUAACGAGCCCAAAGAAGCGAGUUAUACAGCCAACAAUUUGAGCAUUGUAGAGUGCAUAUCCAAUGAAACUGGUUCUGCAGUGUCAUUGACAAAGAGCAAUGAUGAUGACAUUUUAUCAGAGAAAAAACUGGAAGCCUCUGACAAAAAUACCGGAGACCAAAGCAACCUUGACAAAUUAUUAAAUGAAAUGACAUUGCUGAAGGAGAGGAACAAAUCAAUGGAAGGUGAGCUGAUGGAUAUGCAAGAGAGAUACUCAGAAAUAAGUGUUAAGUUUGCAGAGGUAGAGGGUGAGAGGCAACAACUCAUAAUGAGAGUACGCAACCUUAAGAAUGUGAGAAAGAGCAAAUAACCGUUCUACGAAACUGGAAACUGGAUACCAUAAAGGGUGAAACAGUUGGAUGUAUCUAUGCCGAGAAUCCAGAUGCUACAGAGAUAUCAGUCUUGUGAAGAGUAAUAUGUAUAUUGGUAACAUAUAUUCUUUCUCUAGCAGAUAUCAUUUGUCUUCAUCAUUGAUAUGAUAUACAAUUACAUAGUUUCCCAAUGUAGAUAAAUAUGCCUCAGUGUCCAAUCCAUUUUAUUUCAAUAAUUUUGUUAUCGCUUGUUAAGAUAAUCUUGACACUUUUAUCACUAAUAUAUAUUCUUUUUAUU